AUGUUCGACGAGUGCAAGGACGGUCUGGUACUCGCCAAGCUCAUCAACGACAGCGUCCCCGACACCAUUGACGAGCGUGUGCUGAACCGCCCCAAGAAGGCAAAGUCGCUCAACGCCUUCCAGAUGACGGAGAACAACAACAUCGUCAUCGAGUCGUCCAAGGGCAUUGGUCUGUCCGUCGUCAACAUUGGCAGUGGUGACAUCAUUGAGGGCCGAGAGCACUUGAUUCUUGGUCUAAUUUGGCAAAUUAUCCGCCGUGGUCUGCUGAGCAAGAUUGAUAUCAAGCUUCACCCCGAACUGUACCGCUUGUUGGAGGAAGACGAGACCCUGGAGCAGUUCUUGAGACUCCCCCCUGAGCAGAUUCUUCUGAGAUGGUUCAACUACCACUUGAAGGCUGCCAACUGGCCCAGACGCGUCAACAACUUUUCGAGCGACAUCAAGGACGGCGAGAACUACACUGUUCUCUUGGCACAGAUUGGCUCCGAAUACGGCGCGACAAGGGCUCCCCUCCAGACUCGGGACCUCCUGCAAAGAGCUGAGGAGAUUCUGCAGACCGCUGACAAGAUGGGCUGCCGCAAGUUCCUCACGCCAUCUUCCCUGGUCGCCGGUAACCCCAAGCUCAACCUGGCUUUCGUUGCAAACCUCUUUAACAACCACCCUGCCCUUGACCCCAUCACCGAGGAGGAGAAGCUAGAGGUUGAGGACUUUGAUGCUGAAGGAGAGAGAGAAGCCCGUGUCUUUACCCUGUGGCUCAACAGUCUGGAUGUGCAACCUGCCGUCCAAUCCUUCUUUGACGAUUUGCGAGACGGCACAGUGCUUUUGCAAGCAUACGAUAAGGUUAUCAAGGGGUCUGUCAACUGGCGUCAUGUAAACAAGCCUCCCGCUCAUGGCGGAGAGAUGUUGCGUUUCAAGGCCGUUGAGAACACCAACUACGCCAUCGAACUCGGCAAGCAGAACCGAUUCUCGCUUGUGGGCAUUCAGGGCGCAGAUAUCACCGACGGUCAACGGACCCUGACACUUGGUUUGGUGUGGCAGUUGAUGCGCAGGGAUAUCACGGUGACCCUGUCAACGCUGGCGCAGCGUCUUGGCAAGCGCGAAAUCACGGACGCAGAGAUGGUCAAGUGGGCAAACGACAUGGCCCGCAAGGGCGGCAAGUCUUCGAGCAUUCGCUCCUUCAAGGACCCUUCUAUUGGCACCGGUGUGUUCCUCUUGGAUGUGCUUAACGGCAUGAAGAGCAGCUACGUCGAUUACGAUCUCGUCACCCCUGGUCACACGGAUGAUGACGCCUACCUCAACGCUAAGCUCAGUAUCAGUAUUGCGAGAAAGAUGGGAGCAACCAUUUGGCUGGUGCCCGAGGAUAUCUGCCAAGUCCGCAGUCGCCUGGUGACCACUUUCAUCGGUAAGUGA